AUGGGAUUGGGGAAUAGUGAGAAUGAUUUGAUCGUCGAUGACUGUGACGGCGAAGGCGCCGGGGUUGCCGACGAUGGAGGUGAAGUUGGCGGCGGAGGGUAUGGGAAGUCGUUGGGGACGGUUUCUUGUUCGAUUUGCCUCGAGGUUGUGAUGGAUACAGGGGAUCGAUCAUGGGCUAAGCUUCAAUGCGGACACCAAUUCCAUCUGGAUUGCAUUGGUUCGGCUUUCAAUACAAAGGGAGUGAUGCAAUGCCCUAACUGUCGGAAAGUCGAGAAAGGCCAAUGGCUCUUUGCAAAUGGUUCUCGUUCACUCCCUGAGGUCAACACAGAUGACUGGGCCCAUGAAGAGGAUGCUUACUAUAGCAUCUCCCAAGUGUCUCUUGGAUUUCACUAUUGUCCUUUUGGUGGUAGCUUGACGAGACCACCUUCAUCCUUUGAGGAAGGGGAGCUGUCACUGAAUGCAUAUCACGAUCUGCUGGGCCAGCCUGCUGUUUUUGCGGAACACGCAGCCGCCAUAUCGUCAGCAAGCAAUGCUUGUCCAUAUAUUGCUUACUUUGGACCGAUCCACCCUUCGUCCUCAAGCUCCAGUGCUGGCGUUUCAGAUACAUCCAACUUUAAUGGCCACUGGAAUGCUCCAUCAGUACCUAGCGACAUGGCAAGCUCUUAUGGCUUCCCUGCUGCCCUGGAUCUCCAUUAUCACAGUUGGGAGCAUCAGUCCCCUCCAUUCUCCACAACAAGCAGUCGCAUUGGUGGUGUUGAUCAGAGUUCCCUCCCUCCGAAUGCUCAAAGAGCUGUGGGUAGAAGCAAUAAUGUCGGUCCUCAGAGAACAGGAUCAUUCAUGCAUCCCUUCGUCAUAAAUCCAGGUUCUGGUGCCAGAGCCGGAAGCUCAGUGCCUCCUUCGGGCACUCCAACUUAUCAAGGCAGCAAUGCAAGGGCACGCGAUCGAGUUCAAGCUCUUCAGGACUACUAUCAACAACAGCCCGGGAGCUCCCCACCGAUUCAUGCUCCUCCCCUGAUUGCCACCUCAGCACGAAGACCGAGCAGCAGCAGCCACAGGGGACUGUCGCGAGUGAUCCCACCGACGCCCGACCAGGCUGGGUUUUACUUCUUCCCGUCAGCAGGGACGACAUCAUCAGGGCGGAGCUACCAAGAGCCGGAGAAUGCUUCGUCCCGGACUGGGUUCCGGGCAUGGGAGCCAUUGUUCCCUUUGAACAACAGCCAUCCUGAUAGAGAUUCAGGCUGGGGGCCCACAUACCAGCAAGGCAGCGGUGGGUCCGAGGCAGGUGGAGGGAUCAGAUCGGUGAGCUUCCGUCAGAGGCAGAAUCGUUCGUAG